AUGACUGAACAUACGGGCGAAGAGGGUCGCAUUGGACCUGACGGCGAGCCGGCGCCCAGAACCGAGGAGGAAUACGCGCAAUCUCAGCUUACACUUCGAGCUAUUGUAUCUUCCAAAGAAGCUGGUGUUAUUAUAGGCAAGGCAGGAAAGAAUGUCGCAGAUCUUCGUGACGAGACUGGUGUUAAAGCUGGAGUGAGCAAGGUUGUUCAAGGGGUGCAUGACCGCGUGUUGUCCAUUACGGGAGGUUUGGAGGGUCUCUCCAAAGCUUAUGCCAUGGUGGCGAAGGGCUUACUUGAAGGCGCACCACAGAUGGGCAUGGGCGGCGUGAUUUCUUCUAACGGCACGCACCCUAUUCGUCUACUCAUUUCUCACAACCAAAUGGGCACAAUCAUUGGUCGACAAGGCUUAAAAAUCAAACAUAUCCAGGAUGCAUCAGGUGUUCGCAUGGUGGCUCAGAAGGAGAUGCUCCCACAGUCGACGGAGCGUAUUGUUGAAGUGCAAGGCACACCUGAGGGUAUCCAAAAGGCCGUUUGGGAAAUCGGAAAAUGCCUCGUUGAUGAUCGGCAGCGAGGAACUGGUACGGUUUUGUAUAAUCCUGCCGUUCGAGCCCAAGUGGGUGGAGGCCCAUUGAGUAACGGCGCAAAUGCGGGCUAUGGAGCAGUAACUCGGGGCUUUAAUCGCACCGGAAAUGGUGCUGACUUCAGCGAUGCUCCUACCGGAUCAUUCAAUCGCCGUUCCAAUUCUGACUCCACAGGCAGACCUCCUGCUGCCGAUGAUGGAGAGGAGAUCCAGACCCAAAAUAUUAGUAUUCCGGCUGACAUGGUUGGUUGUAUCAUCGGUCGUGGCGGCAGCAAGAUCAGUGAAAUCAGGAAGAGUUCGGGUGCCCGAAUUUCUAUCGCCAAAGCGCCCCACGACGAAACUGGCGAGCGCAUGUUCACGAUCAUGGGAAGUGCCAGCAGCAACGAGAAGGCGCUCUACCUUUUGUACGAAAAUCUUGAGGCCGAAAAGAUGCGCAGAAGUCAGUUCCCGCCAGAGUAA